CCAAAAAUAUACUAAAUAAACCGACACAAGAGACCAAGGUAUUUAAUUCGUCGCGGAAAUGUACUGAAAGGCAGGUUGUAGACUUUUAAACUGGAUAAAUAUCAUGCGACAACUCAAUAUGUUGUGAACGUUAACUACGGUUUACGUCGGUUUCCAUGGUUACGCCCAGUCAGCGCGUUCUGUUCGUGUCGGACACUUUUAAAGGUAACACACUCCACUGUCUUGGGGGAAACAUGGCGGCGGGCUACAUGCUAAACCGCAGCGUGCUAACGUUUAGGUUGCAGUGCCAGCUGGUUUCCAGAAGCCCUUCACUAACACAGGUUAGGGAGAAGAAACGAUGGAUGAAAGCAUACACCCUCCUCAUGGCGAAGAAGCUAAAGCUUGAAGGACCUCCGCCACCGAAGCCACGGUGGCAACACCCUAACUGGGAUUACCAUUCAGAGGUUCAGGCUUUCAGCUCCCGUCUCCAUGAAAACUUCUCUCUGGAACUACUUAAAGUAGCCUUCAUCAAUCCAUGUUACUUACAGGCGGAGCAGGAGAGGAGAAAGCAGCUAGGCGUGGACUCUGAGACCACGGCCCUGGCUCUGAAGGAUAAUCUUCAGUUGAGUGAAAAGGGCGCAGGCUUGACCAAAAGCUUCCUGACCGACUGGUGCAGAGCAAGCUUCCCUAGCCUGCCACAUGAGGGGGUUGAGUGCAUUGUGGGGCACCUCACCAGUCCGUCCGUCGUGACUUAUGUUGCAAGAAAUCUUGCCAUUGAGGACCUUACAAUGAGUGCGGAGUUCCCUGUUCCAGACGAGGUGCUGAAUUCCACAUUCAUGGCUGUGAUUGGAGCUCUGGAGGAGAGCAGUGGGGCAGAGCGAGCUGCAUUCUUCCUAAGAGAUUUUCUGUUGACUCAGCUGAUAGGGAAGGAUCUGUUUGAUAUGUGGACUGUGGUGAAUCCAAUGGGACUGCUGGUGGAGGAGCUUACAAAGAGAAACCUUCCUCUGCCAGAGCCUCGUCUCAUCCGGUCUGCUGGAGCCAGUACUGUCCUGCCACUCUACUUUGUCGGCUUGUACAGUGACACGAAACUCCUGGCUCAAGGUCCAGGAGAGACGCUUGUUGGAGCUGAGGAAGAAGCAGCCCGUGUGGCUCUACGCAAACUUUAUGGCUACACUGAGAACCGCACACCGUUUGACUUCUCUCCACAACAGCAGCGUCAGCAGAUGUUGCUUCAGUCAGUCAGUCAGUAGCAGCUGACAAAUGAACAAAAAUCUGCUACAUUUACUAUAUUUGGAUUUCAGUUGUCAUUACCACAGACAAACAAGAACAUCAAAGGCCAUCUGUUAGACGUAAUGGUGCAAUGAGAAUAGUUCUGUGCUUAUAAUAGCGCUUACAUUUGGGAUUUCUGUAAAUAAUGCAGCUGCUCUGUGGUGUGCUUUGUAUUUUGUUAUAUAACUCACAUAUAAUAAAAUUUAUGUAUGAG